AAAGUGGUAUUUUUCCAAGUUGCUUGAUGCAUUUUUGUCACAUGAUCCCCAGGAGACAAAAAUAAGGGGGUUCUGAUGAAGCAAGGACCACCCUACAAAAUCCAUAGCUUAUUUUCCUCACUGUUUCACCAAGAACUGUAAAAGUAUUCACACCACCUGCUCUUUCCCACAUUUUAUCAAUCACGUCGCAGACAUGAGUAUGGAGCUGGCUUCCCCAGUGACCUACCUACGACAGAGUCCUUCCAUUUAUGGGUUCUACCAUCAAAAAUUUCUUUUGAAGGAUCUACAGAAUCUCUACUUCUCUGAUUGGAAAGUUCCUCUAACUUAAUAUCUGUUUGUCGAAACUAACAUUCUUCAAGCUGACCCCAUUUUGUAAAUUGCUUUUGUAGGAUGAAAUUAGCUCGAUUCUUUUCGGGAACAGCAUUAGAUCACGAACAGAGAGAUUCUUCUACUACCUUCUGCGAAUCUACAAAUAGCGAUUCCGCGUUUUUCAGAUUAACAGCCAAGCAAAUAUGUUGAACUUUCUGUAUUUGAAGACAGUUCUUGCAAAAAUCAAGAACAAUAGAACCUAACACCUGAUGAAAAUGGCAAGGAAACAAGUAUCUAUAUCAAUUGCUAGCAACAUUAGUGGCAGGUCAACACAAAAUCCAAAGGUUUUGCUGCAACUAGAGAGAAUUCACGGAAGAGACUACGACGAAUUUGAUGCAUCUGCCGUUGUAACAGUGCACGUUAGCUGAGAGUCCAAACUUGCGCCGGAAGACACUUCAAAAUCUCCCGCCUGCUUAAUUAUUAAUAAUUUGAUAUUAUUUUUUUAUUAUUUCAAAUUAAAAUAUCUUGCUCAAUAGCUUAUGGUAAUAUUUAAAUUUUUAUCUGUCUUUCUAAAUUUAAAAUUUAUUUUAUGUAAAAUAUAUUUUAUUUAUUAAAAAAAUAAACACUUAAGAAUAUAAGUAUAAAAAAUAGAUCCUAAUUCAUGUUUAAUCAUUCUUAAAAAAUGUAAAAAUAUUAAUUUUCUUAAUUUUUAUUAUUUUUUAUAAAAUUUAAAAAAUGAAAAACCUUAAAACACGUACCGUCCUAGUUAAUUACAAAAAGUAUUUAAUUCUAUAUAAAUAAAUAAAAACAGUAUUCAUUUCAACGAUAAUGUUGAAUGCGAAAUCUGAGGGUGUAUUAAAAAUAUAAAAUAGAAUAAAUAAAAUAAAAUAAAAUAAGAGAAUGAAGUGCCCCAGCUCAUGAUCCACGCGGCACAUUAGCGAGCCUCGCGUGUCCACGCGCCGGGGGGCCAACGGAGCCCCGAUGUCAACAGACCCGGUUUUAAAUGCACUGAGACCCGGCUGGAAGGUAGGGGCCCCACCAGAUGCACAUUCCGGAACAAUGUCGUUAUCGUUACUGUUAUCGCUCAACGUAUUAAAGUAUUUUAUAUAUAUAUAGACACGCGAGUGACUGUCAUUUGAAUUACGACAGCUGCCGAGUGGGCUCUCUCUUCUUCUCUCUCUCUGUUUUUUUCUCCAUAAUUACGUCUCUCCUCGAUCCGCUCCUUCGUUCUCUGUUCGGAUCUGCGAGGAAAAUGGGGAGGUCGGAGUACUUGGCCAUGAAAACUGAUCCAGCGGCUGCCGAUUUGAUCAGUUCGGACAUCAAUGACCUGAAAAUUGCUGCCAGGAACCUCAUCAAUCAUGCCACCAAGCUUGGAGGCCUAGGGUUCGGUACUUCAUUUCUCAAAUGGGUGGCCUCUUUCGCUGCUAUUUAUUUGUUGAUACUGGAUCGAACAAACUGGAGAACAAACAUGCUGACGGCACUUUUAGUUCCUUACAUUUUCUUUAGCUUUCCAUCUGUAUUGUUCAACUUUUUCAGGGGAGAGGUUGGAAAAUGGAUUGCUUUCAUUGCAGUUGUGCUAAGGCUUUUCUUCCCCCGCCAUUUCCCAGACUGGCUGGAGAUGCCGGGAUCGUUGAUUCUUCUGGUGGUCGUAGCCCCCAGCUUAUUCGCACACACUCUGCGGGACAGCUGGGUCGGUGUCUUAAUAUGUCUCAUUAUAGGUUGCUAUUUGCUGCAAGAGCACAUCCGGGCAUCAGGGGGAUUCAGAAAUUCCUUCACACAAACCCAUGGAAUAUCAAACACAGUAGGAAUAAUCCUUCUGCUAGUUUAUCCUGUUUGGGCGCUGGUUCUCCACUUCAUCUAGCCGUUCUCAACAAUGCUGGAAUGAACUCUCCUCUGGUCUGCAAUUUGUUUGGUUAUAGUAAUUUCACUGUUGUGUCUGCAAUUUGUUAUGUUAAUUUAAUGUUAUUAGCUACAAAUUCAUUUUCAGUGGCAACUUUGGUUGAUUGUCCUGUUUUGAAAUCUCACCUAAACUACUGCUCAGCGAUUUCUAUGUUA